AUGUAUAAAGCCUAUGAUAAGCUUGAGUGGGAUUUUCUUGAGAAAGUCUUAACCAAAAUGGGUUUCUUCCAACCUGAAAGAGGUCUAAGACAGGGAGACCCUCUAUCUCCUUAUUUUUACAUCAUUUUUUCUGAAGCCCUUUCUUCUUACAUUGACAACCUCCAAAGAAAGGGUACUUUAGAAGGCAUAAGAGUCUGUAAAGAGGCUCCUGAAAUGACCCAUCUUCUGUUUGUUGAUGAUUCUCUCUUGUUUUCAAAAGCUACUGAAAAAAACUUUCAUGUCAUAAAAGACUAUCUUCAAAAAUACUGCCUUGCUUCUGGGCAAGAAAUCAAUUUUGAAAAAUCUGGUAUUCUGUUUAGUAGAAAGAUUCCUGAACAUAGGAAAGUCAUUUUGGCUAACAUUUUAGAUAUCCAAAGCAGGUAUUUAGGAGAAAAAUAUCUUGGAACACCUACUAUUUUCCAAGCUUCAAAAAUCCAGACACAUAUGGGUAUUCUCCAAGCCAUUGAUGCCAGGAUCUCUAUAUGGCUUCACAAGAUUUUAUCCCAAGCUGUUAGGACUACUCUGAUCAAGCACAUUGGUCAAGCUAUACCCCUUUUUCAAAUGAGAGCCUUUCUUAUCCCUAAACACCUUUGUAAACAGAUGGACUCUCACCUCUGUAAAUUCUGGUGGGGUGAAACUUUAGAUCCCAAAGAUAGUAAGUUGCACCUUCUAGGCUGGGACAUUUUAUGUUCCCCUAAAGCUGAAGGGGGUUUGGGGUUCGGGAAGGCUGAGUUAAACAACCUAUCAAUGCUUGCCAGGAAUGCCUGGAGAAUCCUGGAAAAUCCAAACUGUCUUCUGGCCACUGUUCUUAAGGCUAAGUAUUUUCCCAAAACUGAUUUUUUGAAUGCUAAAUGUUCUUGGACUUGGAAGUGCCUGCAUGCUAUUAAGGAGCUUAUAAAACCCUUUAUUUCUUGGAUUAUUGGGGAUGGUCAAUUUAUUGAUCCUUGGUGUGAUAGAUGGAUUCUCUCUCAGGGUUCUGCCACACCCAACCCUCUGGUCCCUCCUGAUCCUAGUAUUAAAGUUGUUUAUUUCAUUGAUUCCCAAUCCAGAAAGUUGGGAUGUGUCUAG